AUGGGAAAGGCCACUCUGGGAAUAAGGUUUCAGAGUGGGAAUAAGCGGCUGGGCGCGCCCCAAACAAGCUCAAGCAAGUGGCCCUGGAACGCUGGCAACACCCCAGUCCGGAAACAGAAGGGGGGAACGCACAUACACACACACAGUCUGGAACCCGGGUGUGCAGCUGCCAGGGAGAGAGGAAAGCAACGCAACCCUUCUGACCCACAACAGGUAGUGUUGGGUCAGCCGGGUACCAUGUCAGAGGGGGACCGGCCAAUAAGCAGCCUCAGUCAAGCCAGCAGCACCGUCACCAUCUCUUCAGUCUCCAUGGGAACCAAGCGACACUCAACCCGGCCUGUCCGGAAAGUACACACUUUUGGAAAGAGGGCAAACUCCAUCAAGAGAGACCCCAACUCACCUGUCAUCAUGCGUGGCUGGCUUUAUAAACAGGACAGCUCAGGACUUAAACUUUGGAAACGGCGUUGGUUUGUCCUGUCUAAUUACUGCCUUUUCUAUUAUCGAGAUAACAGCCGUGAGAGAUGGUUUUGGGCAGCUCCCUCUCCUAGCUAUGAAAUUCGGACAGCGUUCUCCAAGGAGAAGAAGAAUCGGCGCUUUGUAUUCAAGGCUGAACAUCCCGGCAUGAGAAUCAUUUUCAGUGCAGAAACCCAGUUGGACAUGAACAGCUGGAGGGCAAUGAACCAGUCGGCAGCUGCUGAGUGUGACUAUGGAAACUACACCCGGGGUCUACAAAGCCAGUCUGUGUCCACCCACACAAGCUUCGAGGAUGUCACAGUGCAGAUGACUGUGCCAAAGGUUGAAAUCGAAAUUGCCCGUCUCUCAGAAAAGCAAGAGGAUGAAGCAUCCUCAUCUGAAAGCCUCCACCUGCAAGACAGUCAGAAGGGUUCCCCUUGCCCCAGGAGGAUUUCUUUAUCAAGUUCUAUCAAUGGGGGCUACCAUUAUGAAAAGAAAGAGCAGCCCGAUUUAAGCUCUCUGUCUUCCCAGACCCAUGGCUGCCCCUCUCCUAUUUCCUGCACAAAAUUCAUCUCCCGGCCCCGAUCCCCACCUCCUCCUCCCUCGGAGAGCCCUUCCCCCUCCCCUCCUUCUCGGACCCCUCAACCUUCCCCUCUACUUUCCAUUCGCUCCUCUCGCUCCUACUCUCUUCCCUUGACCCCAGCUGAGUCUCCACGGAUACCUGACACUCAUCUGUCACCUAGUCAUGUCCGGCGGAAACCCCCACGGACAGCUGCGGCACAGGCAGCCUCGUGCGAGGAUCUGUCCUCCAGGACUUCUCCACGGACUCUCGUUGUGCGCCCCAACACGCCCAUGGGGAGGGUUGACAUUGCCCCCAGUGAAGCCCCACCAAGCAACCCCUAUGCCAUACUGUCACCUGCCACCCGGGGGCGCUCUCUGACGCCUGCUGACCGCUAUGAUGUCUACCCUUCCUCUGAAGACCCUUAUGGCAGGCGCUAUACUCGGAGCCCUCACCCCAGCAGAGCACGACCUGUGGGUGAGGAUGGAUUCGCAGCCACCCUGGGGAGGCCGCAACAGAACAGAUUUGCAGAUCGAGGUCAUAUUUCUCCAUCAACUGGACCAACCCGUGCAUUGGUCAUGUCACGGCUUCAGGGCCGACUGAUCAGCCCCCACUCAGCCUCAUCCAGCUACCUGCACCUACCACCCCUGCCUCCCCUGCCUAACCGGUCCACCCCUGGGAAAAGAACAUCUUUAGGGACCAUGAGUCGGACUCCAGUGAGAGAAAGGAAUGUCCAUCCUGGCAGCGGGCAGCGUUUUGAGAGCGACACUGAUGCAUUAUUGACAAAACUGUGUGGCCAAGACAAACUUCUCCGUGGUCUGGAAGAUGAAAUAGGACAGCUUCGGGCUGAAAAGGAACGUCUGGAAAAGGCCUUAGAGGUGACUCGCCUGAGGCUGGAAGAAUGUAAAGGCCAAGAUGCCACAAUGGAGAAAAUUGGGUACCAGCAAAGACAGCUGCAAGAUGAGCUGGUACAAAUCCGAGCUCGUCUCUGUGACUUGGCGCUGGACAGUGAAAGAGCAUGGGAGGAUUUUGCUGCCCUAGAAAGUGAACUGCAAGUGAUGAAGGGCUCUUUAGAGCACAUCCGAAAUGUAGGGCAUCCUCAGGAUCAAGCGGCUGCUCAGCAAGAUUUGUGGAGGAUCCAUGAUAUCCUGGCAGGCUUGAGAUCCAGCCAAGCGAACUAUCACAUCCUGGAAAGCAGAAGAUCAGGAGCAUCUUUGGCCAUCACCCCAUCCCUGGAUUCUCAUUUGGGGGCAAAUCACACACCUCUGAUGCCUUCCAGUGGAGCAGAGCAGAGUCCACCUGCCUCCAGCAGGGAGCAGCCAGGCAGCGUAUUGUGCUGUUCAGAGGGGAAUAGAUGGUCCUCAAACACUGCCUCUAGUGACCCCCCAGAAUUUGAUAAAGGGAACGCCGUGAAGGGAACAGAAGCAGCUUGCCUGAAUCAUGGGAGUCACACGAAUAUACUAAGCAAAGAUGCUGAACCCAGCAUAGCCAAGGUGGCUCCCUCUGAAGCAACUGCCCCUCGCAGUGGCCGCAUGAGUGCCCAGGAACAGCUCAUCAGGAUGCAGAGGAACCAGGAGGCCAAAAGAAAAGCAGAAGCUGCCCAGUCCAACUCUCUGGGUCCCUGGCGAGACUCUCUGAAGCGUGGGUCUAGCCGGGUGGGUGUGAAGCUUUGUGGGGAGGAGGACUCUGGUCUUGAGAGAGUGGCAAGAGACAGCAACAAACCCCUCCCCAAUACCCCCCCUGAGUCAUCACCCAAGGAGGGCGAGCAAUCUGGGGGACUCAAGCCUCCUCGAUGCCCCCCAACCCCUGAGUGGGAACGACAGCGAGUCAUCCAGCUCUCCUACGCGCUGGCGGCCGAGGCUUCGCAGCAGCAGGGGAAACGCAUCGCAGGAAGGACCAGCUCUCGUUCCUCCUUAGAAGACAUCUCUGCAGCCCACGAUAGCCUGAACCAUCAGCACCUCCCCAGUGAUGCCACCUCCAAAGACUCAGAGUCCAGUAGUAAGAUAUCUGAGCAUGACCAAAGAUCCUCUCGAAACCUAAGUUGUAGUGGUUACUCUAGCCCAGCAAACCAGGCACCAUCUUCAUCCCAAACAGUCAAUCAAGCGCUGUGUGCCUCAGAAGCUUCUGUUUGGUCAUUGCCUUGCCCUGAGGAAGACAACCAAUUGUCCUCAAAGCCCAAGACUCCACAGUUGAUGCCUCGCCUGCUAGAAUCAAACAAUGAGAAGCCACCUCUGAUCCAUAUUCCUCACCCGGUGGCACCUUUGCCUCAGUCUGUCAAUUGGAACUUGUCACUUUCCAGAACAGCCAACUGGGUUGCACCUCCAUUAUGGGAUUAUGAAGUGUGGGCAUCUGAGCGAAGUCUUGUGGGUAGCCAGGCCCAAGCCAAUGGCAGGUGCCUCAGAUGGAGAGGUGAGGACGAGUCCCACCACGUUGUGACGUAUCUUGGAGAGGCUGCCCAGCCUGUCAAGGUCACAUUGGUGAAAUCCAGUUUUUAAUUCAUAUUUGUAGAGAAAUAUAAAAAAUAUAAGUCUUGCGGUGUGUUGAAGAAAUAGGUAAAGGGCCAUAGAGCUAGCAGUCUCAGAUUGUCUGCUUCCAUGUUCAUCCCUUUGUGUAGCACUCCUAACAGUAGGUACUAUUCCCCAUUUUGUAACCUUGCUUUAAAAUCCUUGUCUUAAAUCCCAGGGGUCUAACUUGCAGAAGCACAGCAGAGAAGCACUCUUAAAUGCAAGUUUCCAAUCCAAGAAUAUCUAUGCUUAUUUGGUUAUAAAAGCAUAUGAAAUAUAUGAGCUAUCCCAUCUGUGUCACACUAAGCUUGUUUUACUAGGUAUAGUGCUUUAUGCUGAGUCUUCAUUCCAAUAGCCUUGGGAGCAAGCUGAUUACACUCAUCCUUCCAUAUUUGCGGAUUUUGAUUAAUAUGUUCCCUAUAGGAAUAUCUGGGUCCUCCAAUGCAACUCUGUGGUCAACUU